CAUACUUUUGACUGAAUAGCCAUGAACUCUUCGAAACUCACAAAAAAGCAAAAGAAGGGUAUUGCAUUCAGAAGUGGCAAAGGAAAGGGUGCUCGCAAGAAUGACGUCGGGACUAGCUCGAAUGACACGGAGUGUAACUCAGUUCCUGUCCUGGAAAUCCAAGAUGGUCUUGAUAUCGAGAAUGUGGAAAUGGAGAAUGAGACUGUUUUUCCGGAGGAAAAAAUCAAGGAUGCAACAGCAUCUGCGAGGGAGAAAGGGAAGGGGAAGGCAAUCGAAGAGAAGGCGGACGCAGUCAUGGUUCCUCCGAAUAAGAGAAAGCGAGGCUCUGAACCGGUCAUGGAGAAAGUCAAGGAUGGAGAAGGGAAGGAAGAAAAUGUUCCCAAGAAAAAAAAGAAAGGCAACGAUGAGAAACAGAGAUUCAUUCUUUUCGUCGGUAAUCUUAAAUACACAACCCCCAUAGACUCAGUCAAAGAGCAUUUCUCUGUGUGCGAUCCUCCGCCAUUCGUGCGCUUACUAACACCCAAAACUUCAACGCCAAAUAACAAAUCCAAAGGAUGUGCCUUCCUGGAAUUCACUCAUCGCAAUGCUCUCCAACAAGCUUUGAAGCUGCACCAAUCAAAGCUUGAUGGCCGUGCUAUAAAUGUGGAAUUGACCUCCGGGGGCGGUGGUAAAAGUGAAGCUCGGUUGCAGAAAUUGAAGGAACGGAACAAAAAACUUCAUGAGCAGAGAACGGAGCGUCAAGGGAUGAAUGAAGAGAACAGCGCACAACCCGAACGAUAUUCCGCCACUUCAGGUAUCGGAGCAACUCCGGGUGCAAAAAAGACAUGGACGGUUGACGAUGUCGAGCAGGGUACCGUUCAUCGAGGAGGCAAGAAGCACAACAAGAAACGUGAUCGUUCACAACGCUCAAAUGAAUGGGGUACGGGUGUGAAUGCAAUACCUGUGGGAUAGAUAGCGGGCCAGUUGGUAUCUUAAAAUCCUAUAUUAUGUCCAGUCCGUGCCUAUGUAUGCAUAAAGUAAGUCAAU